AUUCAUUUCCACAAGACCUUCUGGAUCCAGCUGAAUGUGGAGGCAUUUAAGAGGACUUCCAGCUCCUGUAAAAACCCAGACCAGAGGACUAUGGAUCAGCAUUUCAGGCUGAUCCCCCAGACCGCGAAGUUACUCUCCUGGCUCAUAAUUACAUCACAUCUGUGUCAACACUCUCUGGGAAAAGACUGAAGAAAUAAUCUUUUCAAGAAGCAUAAAGCUCCUGCAUACAUAGGCUGAUACGCCACCUACUGCAAAACCGAGCUGACAGCGCAGGCGAUGCUGCCAGCGUUUCCAUUCCAUCACCAGGCUGGGGCUGAAUAAAGGCGUGCUUGUGUGGUAGUGUUUCUUUUUAAAAAAUCUCAAAGCCAAGAAGAACAAGCUGAAAUAGCAUCUUCAAAACAUGGAGCGUAAAAUAAACAGAAGAGAAAAAGAAAAAGAGUACGAAGGGAAACACAACAGCCUGGAAGAUACUGAUCAAGGAAAGAACUGCAAAUCUACACUGAUGACCCUCAACGUUGGUGGAUAUUUAUACAUUACUCAAAAACAAACGCUGACCAAGUACCCAGACACUUUCCUUGAAGGUAUAGUAAAUGGAAAAAUCCUCUGCCCGUUUGAUGCUGAUGGUCAUUAUUUCAUAGACAGGGAUGGGCUCCUCUUCAGGCAUGUCCUAAACUUCCUACGAAAUGGAGAACUUCUAUUGCCAGAAGGGUUUCGAGAAAAUCAACUUCUUGCACAAGAAGCAGAAUUCUUUCAGCUCAAGGGACUGGCAGAGGAAGUGAAAUCCAGGUGGGAGAAAGAACAGCUAACACCCAGAGAGACUACUUUCUUGGAAAUAACAGAUAACCACGAUCGUUCACAAGGACUGAGAAUCUUCUGUAAUGCUCCUGAUUUCAUAUCAAAAAUAAAGUCUCGCAUUGUUCUGGUGUCCAAAAGCAGGCUGGAUGGAUUUCCAGAGGAGUUUUCAAUAUCGUCAAAUAUCAUCCAAUUUAAAUACUUCAUAAAGUCUGAAAAUGGCACUCGACUUGUACUAAAGGAAGACAACACCUUUGUCUGUACCUUGGAAACUCUUAAGUUUGAGGCUAUCAUGAUGGCUUUAAAGUGUGGCUUUAGACUGCUGACCAGCCUGGAUUGUUCCAAAGGGUCAAUUGUUCACAGCGAUGCACUUCAUUUUAUCAAGUAAUUACCUGUGUCACGAACAAAGGCAACAAGCAUGCAGCCAGCAAGCUUCGGAAAACCACAGCAUCAAAGGCAUCCCAAAUAACAUGCCCAGCUAGCUCUGUACUACAGAGCCCUGCUACUAAUCAAUUACUGUAAGCUAACGGUAUGUAAAUUCUAUCACUAAAGAUGUCCUUCCUCUGGGGUGUUCCUGCUGAUCAGACUCUUCCACCUAAAAUGAAAACAGUAACCUUCUAUAUAUUGUAAAUAAAGACUGAAUGCUUUUGCUAUUUAUUUGUCCUUAAGCUGUCUUUCAAUCAGAUUGUCUUGGGUAUUUGCACAAAAAACAAAGCAUGUACAUUAUCUAUCGUUCAUUUCAGUAACUGGUAAUAAAAUAUUUUAAGGGGCUAUUAAGAUUUAAAAUCCUUUCUACUAUGGCAAAAAUCUACAGAGAAACUGAACUGGUAAAAUUAACCACCUGGAGCAAAACAGAUGUGCAGAUCUAACUAAAACAGAGCUAUAGUGAAGCCAAAUGAGAUUGUAAGAAGACAUUAAAGCUAUUGAUUUGAUUUUUCCAUAGCAGGCACCAAAAGCUUAUAUUCAAAGUUCCUGUGUUUCAUAUUAGACUUAUAGCUGAAUUGGUAUUUUGCUGAAAAUUCCUAGAAAACUGCUUGAUGACAAUAAAAAGUAAAUAAAAGCACUGCUACCUUCUUUGAUUGUAUUAAUGAUUAUAAUAAAAAAUUACAUGUCACUUUAAAAGCAAACAGUACCACUUGAUGAUUUUGCACAAAAUUAUGCAUUGAUGUAGUCAACCGGCAGGCUACAGUAACCCUGGCUGGUCCUGGAAGUGACAAAACCCAGCAAAUUCAAUUCUUUGCAGGCUGAGUUCCCACAAAGCAUGGAUAACUUGGUCUCAAUAGAGUAUGUGUUAUUAGAAUAAUAAAGGAGUUCAUUUUCAGAA